GCACAGAUCAACCUGGAACUAAGACAAGGAAACCCCGUCACACAAACCAUGGUGGAUGCAAGGUUGACGCCCCUGGCAGCAGUGGGGCUGGACCGGAGCACUCUGAUUCAUGACAGUUUCCGUCUCCACGGUGGGGUUGUUUAUCCAGGAAUUAGAGCACUGCCAACGGAGAAAACCCGAGAUACCCCCACCCUCCCGCUCUCUUAUAACAGGGAUGUUCUUCCAGAACUCAUUUACAAGCCGGAUUCCUUGCUAGAUAGUCGCAAGACUGCAAAUGGGUACCUGGGCCUUUACAAGGGUACCCAUCCGAGCCUUCACAAGCCUGUGCUGGUUCCUGGAGCUGAGGGUCUUGGCAUUGAACGCAGAGUAGGACCUGGAGAAAAGGCCUCAGAGUUUGGUUUGGCUGGUGCUGGUGGCAGCUACCUCCGCAUGCCAUGGCUCAGCCCCUACCCUGAAGCAAGCAUGUUUCCCUUUAUGGACACGUCCAAAUACGCAGCUCUAAACAUGUACAAAGCCUCACUGCUCAGCCAGCCUAGCCCCUAUCUCCCCCAACACCUGCCCUACCCAUCUUUGUGUGCAGCCCAGGGACCCAAUGUUACCUCUGCUGCAGCUGUUUCUGCUGCUGAGAGGCUCUAUUAUAUGCCUCCAUAUCCUCCCCCACCAAUUUCUUCUUCCCUGGUGGCCCCUCCCAUGAGGAUUCCUGCAGUCACGGUGGCCCCUACAUCGCUGGUACACUGCCAAGACAAAGGGCUUGGUGUUGCAUCUCCCUUUGCACAGCAGCUUCAUCAAGCCUCUCCUCAUCCUCAGCACCAUCAGGCAGCUAUAGAUCGAGAGCGGUCUCCAAGCAGGAGCAGCAGACCAAGCAGACCUCCCUCUAGGAAGGGCACAAGCAACAACAAUAACACCAGUAGUACCAGCACUAGUGGCACCAGUGUUGAGAAUAAUAACAGUCUGCCUGCUGAUUCUUCUCAUGUGACUGCUCGCCUCCCCCCGCCUCCGCCUGCUCGCACUGAUAAAGCACUGGAUUUACAAAGGCCAGUUGCCAGGAUAGGGCAACCAUCCACCUCCUCCGUGUCUUCUGCGUCUGUAUCAUCUUCCUCUACGCCAUCCGUUUCUCAUUCUUUUUCAGUCAGCAGCAUGGCGUCGGAACAGCCCUCCCCUGCUCGGCCCAGCCCCCACAAGUCCAGACAGAGAAAUGCAUCCUCAGAGCACAGAGCUGCAGGGGAAAAAGUACGCAGCAGGUCUCCUUCCAAAGUUAAUUUUGAGAGGCCUGCUCACCAACCCCAGGCAACCAAAGACUCGGCAGAGAAGCCCCUGGAUCUGUCUGGAAGAAUGGACUUUGGGCUUCCUGCCAAUGGAUUUCCUGUUAAGAUCGACACAAUGACAUCUGGGCCACGUUAUGGACUUCCCCCCAGCCGAGAGCUUCUGAAAGAAAACAUGUCUCUGUCUCCCUCUUCUCAUCCUCAUUCUGUAGUCAGCAGCACUUCUUCAAAGGUCUCUGAGAGACCAGAAAUGAUAAGCACUUUACACUCGUCCUGGAUUGUACCAAGUCCGUCUCCCUCACACACACAGCACGCACCAGGCUUGCCCCCCUCUCCAAGAUCUAACACAGACCUGGGCAUUUCACAAGCCAAAGGUUCCUCACCCUCAGUCAUCAAAAACAAGAGCUUGGAGAGGGUUCUCCCUCAACAACGAAGCUCCUCUUGUCCAAGGAUUGGAGAUCCUAGUCAAAACGUUCCCUCUUCUCAACCAUCUGGUUCUUCUCUGAUGAGCCCCAGGGCUUUUUCUCCCAAACCUAGUGGGGAGUGGAAUAAACACAGCCCCAGCCAGUCAGAGCAUCACAGAGAGGCAACAGAGAAGUCCUCCCAGGUCGGUAAAAGAGGUGAACCAGCUCCAGAUGUGUCGUCAUACAAGAGGCCGUGUUUGGAGAAUGGACAUCCUACUGCCCACAUUUAUCUUCCUCAAAGUGAAGCUUAUCUGAACCACAGCUUGGCUUAUGCCAAUAGAUAUCUGCAGUACCCCAUCCCUGACAGCAUGGCUGUACACUCUGUGCCCAUUACAGGGAAAGGCUCGGUCUACCCUCCCUCAGUACUGCUGGGCAACAACAGUCUUUACCCAACACACUUGGCAGCAAAACACCCUUUACCCUAUCACAACCUCCCCACUGGUUCAGGAGAAUACCUCUCUUAUAACUCACAAGAGAUGGCCCAUCCACUGAUGCAGACGCACCCUGACAGCAAGCUGCCAGAAAGGGCAGAUGCAUCACUGAAACCCCGAGGACAGGAGAAGUCACGGGGGGCUGUCGAAGAAUAUGGGAGCCACAGAGAUAACAAUACUGGGAAAGAGACAGGUGAAGGCAACCAAAUGAAGCACGACAAGGAUGGACAGGGUGGCAAUCAAAGCAAAAACUUCUCUUUGUCUGCAGCAUCCAGAGAAAAGAUCAUCUGCAUUGACCUUGUACACUCAGACACGGAUAUUGAGUCUACCCCACCGGUCCACAAGCAGCCUUCUGUCGAGGGUAGCAACAAGGUUAACCAAAAUGAAUGUCACACUAACCAAAAUCUGACAAAGACUGACUGUGAACCAAAAAAACAACCGUAUCCAAGCCACUCUGAACAGAACCCUAUUCUAAAACCUGUCGAUGGACAGCAACAAGCUCCUUUUGAAAAAGCGAGGGUUCUCCAGGACCUAACUUAUUCUGCAGUGACAACUAGCACAUCCCAGACCUCUCCAGAGGAGGUCUUUGAAGCAGAGGAAAGCUCAGACGAGCACAGCCUCAGCCCAGACCCUGCAGAUCAAGACCAGAGCACCUUGCGUUGUGCUCGCACCUCAGGGGAGCGCAGCUCUGGUAAGGACAGAAGAGACCAAGAUGGCGGCGCGCCUCAACUUGCGCAGCACAACGCUAGAGUCCUGAAGGAGUUGGACCACGGUGAAAGGGAGACUGACAAAGAGGACAGUAUUGUUGAUUUAGGGGAGUCCCACGGAGAGGGGGAUGAGGAGGAAGAAGAGGGUGGCCACGCAUCAUCUAAAAACUCUCGUAGAUCCAGUUUGGCUAAAAGGAUUGCUAACUCCUCAGGCUACGUUGGCGACCGUUUUAAAUGUGUCACCACAGAGCUGUACGCUGACUCCAGCAAGCUGAGCCGCGAGCAGAGAGCUUUGCAGCGGGCGAUGAUGCGGUUCUCGGAGCUGGAGCUGAAGGAGAAGGAGGGCGGCGGCGGGGUGUGCGUCUCUGCCUCGGCAGCAGGACGGGAGCUGGCAGACAGCCAGCGCAGAGAGCGCACGCUGGAGCACUGCCAGCACGCCACUAGGCAGGCAGAGAGCGAGGGUGUCCAUCCAGCAUACACAAACAACAGAGUUCCAGUUCUCCAGAGGUGUGGGGCCCAGAGGGAGCCAUUGUCCCCAGCUCACGGGGCCCAAGAUGGAGCCAGGAAGGCGAUGAGAGACUCUGAGGACGGUCUUUGUAUGCCACCCACUCUAACGCUGUCAAAAGGAUUCCUGGAGGAAAAGGUCAGCCCCGGCUUCGGACCCACCAGGAAGCGCCCGCUCAUCGUCAAGGCGGAGCACGAAGACGCACAGGACGGAGAACGGGUGUCCCACGCUGAGAAGAGAGCCAAGCUUUCCACGGAUGAGCAUGAGCAGGUCAACCCUGACGAAGAUGAUGAUGACGAGGUGCGGAAACUCAAGGUCUGCAUCGAGCUCAAGGGGCUUCGACUCAGCAAGCCAGCUGCAGGUGCUGCUGCGUCACCCGAUGGCUUCCAGGUCAAACAGGAACAGGCCUGGUCCCAGCCCCGACUGCUGAGCCAGGCACUCGGCCAGCGGGAACGAAAGAUGAGACUGACUGAAGCGGAGGACAGGGCCGCAGCGCACAGACACGACAUCAACAGGAAAUGGGGCUGCGAGAAGCUACCUAAUGGAGUAGCUGCCCUUCCCCCCGGCCAGCUGAAGGACAGAGAGCACCAGCCAAACCCCUUCUCAGGUGACCGUGGCCUCAAGGAGCCCAGGAGGGGCCCCCAUUUUCCGGCCCCAGAGCUGUGCGUGGGAGGCACCCCUCCCCUCAAGCUCCGUCGCCAUAGUGACACGGACAAACCCAAGGGCAAGCGGCCGUGCAAGACCAAACACACCAGCCAGAGAGAGAGAGAGCGGGAGAAGAGGAAGGAGGCCACUCCUUACAGCCCGAGCCAGAGCGCCGCGGCUGAUCUGGGAUCAGCCGAGGACGACAAGCUGACUGAGCAGCGCAGCGCUCCGAGGAAGAGAGACGCCUCUCCUAAUCAUUAUCCCAGCUCUCCGCUCAAGCCCUGCUCCCCCACCGCUGCGCUCUGUCCGCCCUCCCUGCAGCCCCAGGCGAACAGCAGAGCUCCACCAGAGGCGGCGGGGCUUCACAGGAGCCCCCCUCCACCGGACCCCUCGCCCGUGCGUCCCAUCCCGCCGGAGGCCAGGAGGCUGAUUGUAAACAAGAACGCCGGGGAGACCCUGCUGCAGAGAGCGGCGCGGCUCGGCUACGAGGAGGUGGUGCUGUACUGUCUGGAGAACAGAGUCUGCGAGGUGAAUCACAGGGACUAUGCGGGCUACUGCGCUCUGCAUGAGGCGUGCGCCCGCGGCUGGCUCAAUAUAGUCCAGCACCUGCUGGAUUAUGGGGCUGACAUCAACUGCAGCGCGCAGGACGGGACCAGACCCAUCCACGACGCUGUGGAGAACGAUCACCUGGAUGUGGUGCGGGUCCUGCUAUCCUACGGAGCUGACCCCACCCUGGCCACGUACUCUGGCCGGGGUCUCCUGAAAAUGACCCACAGUGACAGCAUGGAGCGCUUCCUCACCGAUUAUUUUGCUGACCUUCAGGGCCGCUCAGAUGACGACCCGGGGCUUUAUUGGGAGUUCUACGGCAGCGCUGUGUGUGAGUCUAGUCAAGAGGGUGGGGUUUACGACGUCCUCGCAGACCCUCCAGGCCCAGAUGAUGAGGAAGAGGAUGAUAAACGGGAGGUGUUUGAGUUCGAGUUCUCCGAUCGACCUCUGCUGCCUUGCUACAACAUCCAGGUGUCCCUGUCUCAGGGACCAAGAAACUGGCUGCUGCUGUCCGAUGUGCUCCGGCGGUUGCGAAUGUCCGCCCGUGCGUUCCGACAGACCUUCCCCCACAUGGAGGUGGUGACGGUGGCCGAGGCGGAGUUUUACCGCCAGGCGUCUCUAUCGCAGCUGUUCUCUUGCCCAGAGGAGCUGGAGGGCUUCCACCCAGACAGCAAGGAGCUGCUGGACCUGGUGGAGGACAGUACCGAGCUGGCCGCCCUGCUGGGCUCAACACUGGAGUGUCUGGACGACUGCUGGGACCACCCAGGGGACAAACUUAAGGAAAAAAUCAAGGCAGUUGCCAAGUUGGGCUCCUUCUGACGCUUUGACUGAACUUUGACCUUGUUCUCUUUCCAAAAUGGAGUUUGCUUUAGAACCAAUGAGAGGUUACAACAAUAUGCCUUAGCCUGACCUGGACCAGCACCGGUCCACUGUACUGAUGAACUGACCUACUGCCUGACUGGGCUGCUGAAUCAUUUCCCUCCAUUAACUAAGGAUCAACGUUUGUGACACAAGAGACUCAUUAAUGGUCUUAUUUUUAUAAAUUAAUAUAUGUAAAAAUAAAUAUAUACAGUAUAUAUAAUAUGUUUUUUUGAGCUGUUGCUUUGACUCCUCUGUAAGAUUUUGUAUA